GGCACAACUCAUUGCAGGGGUGGCCGAGGGGGAGCCGGCUGUGCCGCAGCCACCAUCUUGGCUGUCCCCAGCGGGUGCCCAGGGCUCCCCGGCUCUGUGCCCAUGGAGUGARGCAGCGCAGGGGGUCCCUGUGCCGGUGGCAGCCCCUUGCAGCGGGAACGCUGGCCACCACCGCCAAGAUGAGCGACUUCUGGCACAAGUUGGGCUGCUGUGUUGUGGAGAAGCCACAGCCUAAGAAGAGGAGGAGACGGAUYGACCGCUCCAUGAUUGGGGAGCCCAUGAACUUCGUGCACUUGACGCACAUUGGUUCUGGCGACAUGGCCGUCGGCGAAGACCUGCCCAUGACUGGUGCCGUCCAGGAGAUGAGGUCCAAGGGUGGCCGGGAGCGACAGUGGAGCAGCUCCCGGGUGUUGUAGCGUUCCCAGCAAUUUCAACCCAACCUUGAACUGCCUUGUCCUCGAUGUGGGGAAGAGCUGCCCUCAAGCAUUUCGUCCCCGGUAAUUUAUGCCACCGCCGCCGUGCCCGCUGCCCUGUGCCGGCGUUUCCUGCUGACCCCCGUCCCGUGACCGCCAUGUUGCUCCAGCGGUUCCCACGUGGCUCCCUCCAUCCCGGAGCUCCGCAAGCAUCAGUCCCCCGGAGYGACCUCCCUCCCGAACUGCAUGAGGGGCCCAUGUGCCAAACGCUCCCCAGGACCGGCGCCAGGAAGAGUGCGGAAAGCGGAGGCCAGGCGGCUCCCACGGCAUCACUCCGACCCUGGCGAUGAGCCUGCGCUUCCCACCCACCGCCCCGCGCCUCCCUUCUUUUUCUAGGGUAUUUUAUAGCUCACCCAGCACCGGUGCUAACCGGGAGCGCCGGCAAGGAGGGACUCACUCUGGCUCCAAUGUGUCUGUAGUGGAAAGUGUGCUGGGAAGCCCGGUCCUGGCUCUUCCCUGCUGUUGGUGGCGUGGGAAGUCGCCCUCCCACUGUGGAAAACACCCGGAGAAAAACCAGUCCUGGAAAUAAAACCCUCGUGCUGGCCCGAGAGGCUCCCAGCUCU